AUGAAGCUUACGAUGCAGGAAAGAUCAUUACCAUACGACCUGGUAGUCGUAGGCGCAGGCCCUCACGGACUUAUUGCUGCUCAUACUUGGCUUGAAUUAUUUCCGGAAUCCCGAGUCGUGAUUCUGGAAAGUGAGCAAGAUGUUGGCGGUACCUGGGGAAAGGGACGAAUUUAUCCCGGUAUGAUGACCCAGAGCCCGGUGGGGAAAAUCGAAUUCAGUGUUUAUCCGAUGCCACCGCCAGAGCCAACAUAUCUCAAUUUAAUGGCUGGUAGUCAUGUUUCGGCGUACCUCGAGGCUUUCUCACAGCAUAAAGCCUGGGCUGGAAAAACGUUACGAGAUCGAGUUGAGUUCGGCUUCAAUGUUGACAGAGUUACUUGGACAGAACUCGAUGCAUCCAGAUUAUAUACUAUACACGAUUCCACUGGAGAGAGUGUUACCUGCCGGAAACUCAUGGUGGCUACUGGGCUGACAAAUGUACCCCACUUGCCGACUUUCAGGAUGGAGAAGGGGCACGAAUUCAUUCCGCCUGUUAUCCACUCCAAACAUCUCGCUAAAAAUUCCGAGCUUUUACUUUCCUCAGCCAUUCAGAAGGUCGUUGUAUUGGGCGGUGCGAAGUCUGCCUUUGAUACCGUUCAAAUGCUGAUAAACGGAGGCAAAAAUGUGACAUGGAUUAUAUGGGAGGAUGGCAGCGGACCAGCAUGCAUGGGAGAUCCGAAGCCACCACCAAUCUUUGGCCUCAAGAACUCCAGUGAAGUUGUCAGCACGCGCUUCAUUUCAAAGCUCUCGCCAUCAAUCUUUGAGCCGGUUGACAACUGGGCUCGGUUCUGGCACCAGAGCAAAUUAGGCAUUGCCCUGAGUGCCUUCUUCUGGAAGAUGAUUACGAUUAAGUGGUGGACGGCUGCGGGAUAUGAUAAAGAUGAACGGCUGCUUCCGCUAAAGCCAAGUCGGCCGGUUUACUAUGUUCAUACCAUCGGUAUCGCCAACUCGGCAGAUUUGUGGGAAACGGUCGCCAAAGCGAAGAUUAUCCGUGGCAGGAUCGAUGUGUUGAGCAGAAAGGAUGUCAUCCUUAGUGAUGGACAGGAGAUUACUUGUGAUGCACUCGUUGCUUGCACGGGAUGGGACACUAGGAGUAGUAUCUUCUCGAGGGAGCAAUCUGCAAAGCUAGGUCUACCAACGGACCUAAGCGAGGAGUCUAUUUCUGAUAGACAGCAUUGGGAAUCGCUGAUUGGGGAAGCAGACAAGGAAGUCCUAUCACGAUUUCCACGGUUGGAAGCGCAACCCGUGUUCCCUGGAGGGAGGGAGCGCACCGGCUCUGCGAAGCUGUACAGAUCCAUGGUGCCGACAAAUCCUGAAUUCAACGAUGGCAGUAUCGUCUUCCUUGGGCACUUUAUCUCAAGAGAUGCAAUGACAUUAGCUGAGAUUCAAGCCCUGUGGGCGGUGGCAUACAUGAAUGGUAAACUUCAAGAAAAGACCCAGAAGGAAAUGGAAGAGGAGGUGGCGCUGGUGAUUGCGUGGCGACGGAGGAGAUAUCUUGGUGACGGACAUACAUAUUUGUUUGACGGACACGAGUACUCAAGCCAACUAUUACGAGAUCUUGACAUCAACGAUUUGAGAAAGGGUGGUGGAUGGAGAGAAUUGUUUUCUCCUUAUGACGCUCACGACUACCGAGGAUUGAUAGAAGAAUGGAAAGCGUUAUAA